ACAGAGCAAAUUGUUUCCCUGGUUUCGGUCUGGACGCCGGCCGGCUCCGCGGGAUUAUAUAAAUGGGAGGAGUCUGGAGCAGAGAGUCAUCAGAACUCGACGAGACCUAGACAAGAUAGGAACUACCUUCCUGCAAAUCUUCAAGAUCUAUAGCGACGCCACACGGGACAACAUCAAUCUCGACCUUCAGUAACAGACAACCUACUGUCUUGAAUCAGCUUCCCCGACAUCGUCAUUCGUAUAAAUCUUUGUAUUAUUAAGAUUUUCUCGAGAUAUGGCAGCGAAGAUGAAGACGAUCGUCGUCCUUUUCAUCAUCGUGAUGACUCUUCUCUUAGAGAUUCAAGGCGCACCCGCAAAGGCCAAAGAUGUCCGACGAGAGCGACGAGGAGCAGAUGAUGACAACGGCUACGUGUACGUACCUGCUUCCGCCAUGGAGGCUGAGAGUGAGGGUGCUUUCCAGUCUGACAUCAUGAUGACGGAUGAACAAUGGGCCAGUCUCUGGGCUAUGCUCGGUGAUAACGUCCAAGGCAAUGGUGGUGAUGCGGGUAGGAGGAGAAAGAAGAGGAAAGCAGUGGCCUUUGAGCAGAGAAGAUGGCCGCUAAAGACUGUGCCGUAUGAGAUCUCCAGCGAGUCUGCUGGUGACAUCGGUGUAAUCAUGGCUGGUAUGAAGCAGUGGACCGACAACACCUGUAUCAAGUUCCAGUCUUACAGCACUGAUCAGGUCUACACCGAACUCAGACACGACUCAAGGCUGUCCUUCCAGAAGGAUUCACGAGGCUGCUGGUCGUAUCUCGGCCGGGUGUUCUCCGGCGUUCAGCCCAUAUCCAUCGGCUUUGGAUGUGAAGCACCCGGUACAGUGGCGCACGAGAUCGGGCACGCCAUCGGGUUCCAUCACGAGCAGUCCCGUCCCGAUCGCGAUGACCACGUCACCAUCCACUGGAACAACAUACAGGACGGCACCGAAGUCAACUUUGCCAAGUAUACCACCAAUGAAGUGACCACACAUGAGAUCCCUUACGACCCCAGCUCGCUCAUGCACUACGGUACCCAUUACUUUUCCAAGAAUGGCCUUCCAACGAUCACCACAAAGGAUUCUUCCAAACUGAGCCUCCUCGGCAACCGCGAAUACCUCAGCUUCCUCGACAUCAAACUCGCCAACAUCAUCUACAAGUGCAACGAGGAAUGCACGGCGGAGAUCGUAUGCCUUAACGACGGCUACCAGGGGCCCUACUGCAACUGCGUGUGUCCACCGGGCUAUAGCGGGACCUUCUGCCAGCAGAACGGGGAUCCUGUGGAGCCCGUAGGCCCCACCGGAGAAUGCGUGCACACGUUCACGGCUGCCGUCGCCGAGAUCAAGUCGGUAAACUACCCGAAUAACUAUGACGACUUGCUGGACUGCACCUACCGUAUCCAGGGAGGACCGGGAUCAUCGAUCACGCUCGUCUUCAAUGAUUUCGACUUCGAGGAACACGUAAACUGCGAAUACGAUUACCUCAAUGUCCGAUCGGGUGACCGCGACCUGAUAGGAAGAACUUUUUGCGGCAGUGACCUUCCGUCGGCGUUCUAUACGCAGAACAGCGAGAUGAUCUUGACCUUCCACUCUGACCCCUUCGUCACCGGUCGUGGUUUCCGGGCCACAUAUUACAUCAACGGGCCCCUGGUCGGUAAUGAACUUACCACCAUACUGCCAACGACCACGAUACAGGCGACGACAACAACUCAAAUGCCAACGACCACGACACAGGCGACGACAACAACCCAAAUGCCGACAACUACCGUAGAAGAGAGUGGAGAAUUCGUUGGUUCGUGCGGUGGUUAUUUCGGAGCUCUCGCGGGCACCAUGGCCUCACCGAAUUAUCCCGCCGACUAUUCCACCAACGCAGUCUGUUUCUAUACCAUGGUCGCUCCAGUCGGACGUCGCGUCGAGCUCACCAUUCACCAUCUCGACGUCGAGCCCUCGACCCAGUGCUCCGGUGACUACGUCAGUGUGAACCCAGGAAGCGGAGUCGAAGUCCCUAUGAGGCUCUGUGGAUCUCAAACACCUGGGGGUACCUUCGUUUCGUUACAGAACUGGAUCCAAAUGCGAUUUAGGUCUGAUUCUGCAGGAACACGUUCAGGAUUUACAGCAUCAUAUCGCACGAUAGACAUCAUAUAAAGGGAGUGUAGCUUGGCAAAUACUGGUUAACGCCAUCUACGUCUCCUUUUGGACAACUACACGAAUGGCACGAAUUGACUUCAUUAACGGUAGUCAGUGACUUAAUCUCUACACGCAUGUUCUCCUCACGCUUCGGUUUCGCGUAUGUUGCAUGCACCUGAUUGCUGCGGUCGCGUCGUCCGUAAUCGUAUACCCGAUUGGCCCCGAGUCAGUCCACGGGAAAGACACAAUAGUCUCGUCAGGCUACACUCCCUUUAACCUAGUCCCCCCCCCCCCCCACCCACCCCAACUCGAUGUCAGUGGUGUAUCCAAGAGUCGAUGAAAAGGGCCGCAUCCCCAGGAAGGGAGAGACAAGUUAUACACGGACUUCCAACCUCAGCUUCGCGUGAUGUAGAGACCCAAUUGGGUUCAUCGACCAGAUAAAGUACAAUAAGGUUGCAUACUUGCCUAAAAUGGGACACUUUGAUUAAUCAAGGAACGUCCCCUUUCUUUCUCUCUAUUUUUCUUUCUAUCUCUCUUUCUCUCUAUAUAUAUAUAUUUAUCUCUCUCUCUCUCUCUCUCUCCUCUCUCUCUCCUCCUCUCUCAUGCUAUCUCUCCAUCCCAUCCUCCUCUUAUUUUUUAGCUGUCCAGCUCUCUCACUCUCUCUUUUAAAACAGCACGUUUUGUAAAGACAAUUUCACUUUCAAUUCAUUCAAUUAUAUUUCCACUUUAUUUUCACUUCUCUAAAUGACAACCAGAAUAAUUGUGAUUUAUAGAAAAAAUACAAAGGCCUACUAGUAAGGCACUCUGUGAAACUAGGCAACAUAAUGAGUAGCCAACCGAUUAAAAUUAGUCAUAUACAUGUAUGAUAUUACAAUAUUCCAGUAACCUGUUGGGUGCGUCUGAAAAAUUCAGUUAGUUGCCUCCAAUAAUCACGCUGUCGAAAAACUCCAUGAUUGUGCUAACAUAAAACGUGAAUAGGCAUGAAACUAAUAUGGACUUCUUUUUACUAUUAG